AUGAAAAAGUUGUUGGCAUCGCCGUUUACUUCAUUACUCGCCGUCGUUUUCCUAUCCGUCUUAUCCGUCGUCCGAUGCUGCUCCCCUUCCGAUCUAACGGCUCUCAAUGCUUUUAAGUCCUCACUGAGCGAACCUAACCUCGGCAUCUUCAACACCUGGUCGGAAAAUACCGACUGUUGCAAACAAUGGUACGGUAUUAGCUGCGAUCCGGAUUCCGGUCGGGUCACCGAUAUUUCUCUCCGGGGCGAAUCCGAAGAUGCCAUUUUCCAAAAGGCUGGCCGGUCCGGUCAUAUGACCGGUUCAAUUGACCCGGCGGUUUGCGACUUAACUGCACUCACAUCCCUCGUCCUCGCCGACUGGAAAGGCAUCACCGGAGAGAUUCCGCCGUGCAUUACCUCCUUAGCCUCGCUCCGUAUCCUCGACCUCGCCGGAAACAGAAUCACCGGAGAGAUUCCCGCGGAAAUCGGCAAACUCUCCAAACUCGCUGUUCUAAACCUCGCGGAGAAUCAGAUGUCCGGCGAGAUACCACCGUCGCUGACGUCACUCACCCAGCUAAAGCAUCUUGAAUUAACGGAGAACGGUAUCACCGGCGUGAUCCCGGCCGAUUUCGGAUCGUUGAAGAUGUUGAGCAGAGCGUUACUGGGACGUAACGAACUAACCGGGUCAAUUCCAGUGUCGAUCUCGGGCAUGGCUCGGUUAGCGGAUCUGGAUCUAUCCAGGAACCAUAUUGAGGGUCCGAUACCGGAUUGGGUGGGUAACAUGAAGGUACUCUCUGUAUUGAAUCUCGAUUGCAACUCGUUGACGGGUCAAAUUCCCGGUUCGAUUUUGAGCAACUCGGGUUUCGGUGUUUUGAAUGUUAGCCGAAAUGGGUUGGAAGGGUCCAUACCCGACGUAUUCGGGUCAAAAACAUAUUUCGUGGCGCUUGAUUUGUCUUACAAUAAGUUAUCGGGUCGGAUCCCUGAUUCGCUGUCGUCAGCCAAGUUCGUAGGCCAUUUUGAUGUUAGCCAUAACAGGCUUUGUGGGCCUAUACCAAUGGGUUCUCCUUUCGAUCACCUAGAAGCGUCGUCGUUUAGUGACAACGAAUGUUUAUGCGGUGGCCCUUUGAUGAAGACAUGUUAA